GUUGUCGUAGGGAACGUUCCAAUCCAUUUUUUGUCCAGGUGGGUUACCUAUGACAUAAGAACAUACGCAAGAGUUGUGAUAUAUGCAGGAGGACGUAAGAACAUUUGAAUUGAACAAAGAUUGCGUCCACUAAAAUGGCGGAAGGCUGGAUGCGCCAGGUGGGUAUGGGAGGGAUAUCGAAUAUUUGUCACAUUAGUCUUAAAGCUGUCUUGUCACCAUCAAAAAAGUUGGGAUUUAGCGGCGGGAAUGGCGGAGAAUUUUGGAAGUCCGAGGGUGGCAAAGGCACCGGUGCCCUACAAUGGGACCCUCCACCUGGUGAUGCUGAAGGUGACUCUUUUCCUUUGUUGAAUUUCUUUCUGCUCUCAGCUUUCUUCCACUCCCCUGCAUUUUCAUCCUGCGCUCCACCCCAUUUUCCGGUCUUCAGACAGGCUGUUGAUGUAAUAAGUUGUAAGAAUGCACGAUGUCAGUUUCAGAACUCAUUGGAGAAGGUAGUAAUGCAAGGGAUGAAAUAAACUUUCUGGAAAUCUUCAGAAUCCUUGUCACUGGGGAAGGCUAUCAUGCACAGUGAGCUCAAAGAUUGGCUGUUAUGGUAUACGUGCAGAAUAGAAAGUCAGAGCUUAACUAAAGGAUAUCAUAGAUUUUGUUAACCAUAUUGCUUCAAAUAUAGUGUGGGAAAAGAUGGACGUGGGUUCACAGAACAAUGAAGUACAUCAUACAGCAUAUACUAGCAGUGUAAUGAAAGGGGGAUUCGGAGGAGAGAAUAAAGUUUGUUAUGUGGAAUGGCAAGUUUCCUCUUCAACGUUAUUCAAAUUUUAUGAGGAUUUCAAGUUUGCCAAGGUUAUAAAAAGCAAUGCUUAUGAGAAAAUCUGUUUCUGCAUUGAAGAAAGAUAGCAGCGAAAACUACAUUAAUCACAAUACAAGUUUUAAGGGCUGGUGUGAUCUUCCAGUGAAAAUUUGUUUUUAAAAUCUGUGCCACAUAUCAGGCAGAGGAUAUUAUAAAAGCUUGAGUCAAUAGUUGAUUCUUUGAGAGCAUUGUCCCAGCUUCUGAUAUAGCAAGUGAAACAAUCUGGACAUUUGCUAAAUUUGCCUAAACUCUCAAUAUAUUCUAGAGAGCCAUCCUCGUAAGCAUUUGAGAAUUUGUUUAUAGAGUUCAGGCCUCCUAGAGAUUCACAAAUUCUGUUUUGCACAUCCUUCAUGGCACAUGAAUGCAUCGGGAGAGCUCCAAAAUUGAUUCAAAAGAGGUCCCCUAUUUCUACCUUUCCGCCACAGGAGGUUGGGUCAGAAAGUUUGUCUCACAUUAAAUUGUGUCCAGAAUCUUACAAAAGUGAUAAGGAUCAAUCGACUCAUGUCUCUUUCCCAAGCAUUUCACAGAUAAACGUGUCUUUGAAAGGACAAGAAUUCUUUUAUGAGGCUCUUCCUCGGUUCAAUGGGAAUUCACCUCGUGUUACUCCAUAUCUUGAGAAUUUCCUCUCCCACAGAAGCUCAAUUUCAUCUCAACCACAAUCUUGUUAUUUACAGGAUAUCCAUGUGCCGAGAAUUCCUUCUGCUCCCACUGUAAGUAGGUACAGUACUGAUAAAAUUUCAGAUGUGAGGCAUACACUAGAAGGAUUAGAGGGAUCACAUAUCAUUUCUGAUAGUGUGGAUGCUUGUAAUGUUGAAGCUAUCCAUGGGGACCACAAAUGGUCAGGAAAUUCUGAUUGGUGUUUCAAUUAUAUAAAAACUAUGAAAAUACAAGCUCAAGAAUUUAACAGACCACAGGAUGACAUACAACAACUGCUUAUUGCAUGUGCAAAAGCUGUUGCCAACAGUGAUGUUGUGAAGGCAGAAAAGUUGAUUGCACAUUUGAGACAAGGGGUAUCAAUAAAGGGUAACCCAAUGCAAAGGUUAGGUGCAUAUAUGGUAGAAGGACUAGAAGCACGGUUAAGGUCCACAGGGCCAACAAUUUAUAAAAGAUCGCAAUACAAAGAACCUGACAGUGUAGAAUUCAUUUCAUACUUCCAAAUCUUAAAUGCAGCAUGCCCACCCUUCAAAUUUGGGUAUGUUGCUGCGAAUGGUGCUAUUGCAGAAGCUUUAAAAGAUAAAAAUAGAAUACAUAUAGUUGACUUCCAUAUUGCUGAAGGCAAUCAAUGGGUAAGUUUAAUUCAAGCAUUGGGCAGAAGGAAAGUUCUUCCAUCCCACAUGCGAAUUACAGGCAUUGAGGAUCCUGAAUCAGAAUAUGCUCGAGAUGGAAGGUUACAUUUAGUUGGCCAAAGGUUAUCAAAGCUUGCUGAAAGUUGCAAUAUUCCUUUUGAGUUUCAUCCUCUACCACUAUCAGGGUCUGAUGUUAAAGCUAACAUGCUUGAAGUCAGAGAUGGGGAGGCAUUGGCUGUGAACUUUGCAUUUCAACUUCACCAAAUGCCCGAUGAGAGUGUGAGUACAAAUAAUCAUCGUGAUCGGCUGAUACAAAUGGUCAGAAAACUGAAUCCAAAAAUGGUGACACUGGUAGAGCAAGAAUCUAACACCAAUACUGCAUCUUUCUUUCCUAGGUUCAGGGAGACACUGAAUUAUUACUCUGCUGUUUUUGCAGCUCUGGAUGCAUCUCUUUCAAGAGAUAGCAAAGACCGUGUGGAUGUCGAGGAAAACUGUCUAGCACGUAACAUAGUGAAUAUAAUUGCCUGUGAGAAUGCUGAGCGGGUGAUUAGGCAUGAAGUGUUUGGGAAGUGGAGAUCACGACUUACCAUGGCUGAGUUUAAGCCACAUCCUUUAAGCUCACAUGUGAACAUCACAAUCAAAACUCUUUUGGCAAGUUAUUGUGAGAGUUACAAAUUAAUAGAAAAGGAUGAAGUACUCUAUCUGGGUUGGUUGGAAAGGUCGUUGGUAGCUGUUUCUGCCUGGCAUUAAUGGCAACUAUUUCUUGUUAAGACAGUUAAGUCAAUUAGGUUCAUGCAAUAAUCAAUACUGUCUUUAGACCCUAGUUAGUGGAAUAUCCAGCUUUGUACAAAUUCGUAAAUAUUCUAGAAUAAUGAUGGAUUUAAUGCAUAGAACCGACCGCAGUCUUUGAUGGAUGCAUUGUCAUUUGAUUGUCUCCACUAUCAGCACAAUCCAAAAGAAAGAGUUGUGAUUACCAUAUGAGCUAAAUGGACAGGCCUGGAAAGGAUCAUUGAGCAAUCUAUAGCUCCAAAAAUGAACAAACUAACAAGUGCCACAGAAGAGAAGACCCUUGCCUUUACCUACAAAGCAUAAAACUAACAAUGGAAAGGAAAUACGAAAUAUUUGGUCUGUUAUAGAAUCAUGAUUAGUCAGAUGAUCCUGUUGAGUUCCAGAAAGAUUUAGGUUAUACUAACUUUUGGUAUCCCAAUUUUGCAAGAAUGUUAAAAUAUUAGAAUUCAGUUAUGUAAUGAAACUAUUCGUUAUUCAUCAGAUCAUAUUUUUAAAAGGGCCGGUUCUGUUGUUCGCCAUUAUAAAACAUUAAUAUUAUGCAAGGUUCCAUAAAUUUCUCACAUUAUCAUGGAUGUUUGUCCCCUUUUUUGGGUCGUCUAAUUUCAUCAAUAUCUUCUUAUAAACACAA